AUGGCAGACAAGGAGGCCACUGUGUACAUCGUGGACGUGGCGCGGUCUAUGGGGAGUACCGCAAUGGCCGCUCCGUCACGGACCUCGAAUGGGCAAUGCAGCCGGAAGACGGCCACGGUCGGAGUGGUUGCCCUUCGAAGUGAUGAUACAUCAAAUGAACUCCAAGAGGAUUCCAACUUUUCUAAUAUCUCGGUCCUUGCGAACCUUGGGCAAGUUCUCAUGCCUGAUAUUCGGCGAUUCCGAGAUUUGAUCAAACCAAGCCAGACCAACCGAGGCGAUGCUAUCUCUUCCAUCGUCGUUGCCAUUCAAAUGAUCAGCAAAUACUGCAAGAAGCUCAAGUACAAACGAGAGAUCGUGCUGGUGACCAAUGGCAAUGGGCUGAUGCCAACGGAUGGCAUCGAUGAGAUAAAAUCGAAACUCCAAGAUGAUGGGAUCAAAUUGACGAUUCUUGGAGCUGAUUUCGAUGAUGCGGAUUACGGUGUCAAGGAAGAAGACAAAGAUCCUCGCAAGGCUGAAAACGAACUUGUGCUGCGAGACUUGGCCGAGGGGAGCCCGAACGGCGCUUAUGGAACACUAGAGCAAGCGGUCGCCGAGUUAGAGAUUCCUCGUAUCAAGGUCACCAAGAGCAUGCCAUCCUACAAGGGAUUUCUUCAAUUGGGGGAUGCCUCGAAGUAUGAAACAGCCUUCCGCAUACCCGUCGAACGCUACUUCAGAACCUAUGUCGCUAAACCACCUUCUGCGAGCUCUUUUGUCUUACGGUCCGGCGCUGCACCAGGGCAAGAAGAGGGUGACUUGGCUCAAAGCCAAGUUCCCGGAGAAGGCAAUACACUGACCUCUGUGAGGACCUCUCGGACCUAUCAAAUCACUGACGAGUCUGCGCUCGGCGGUAAGGUCGACGUCGAGCGAGACGACCUUGCAAAAGGCUACGAGUACGGACGGACAGCCGUCCAUAUCUCUCAAGAGGAUGAGAAUGUUACCACAUUAGAAACCUUCGCAGGCUUGGAGCUGAUUGGAUUCAUCAUCAACGACCAAACGUUAGAAGCUAAUUUGCCCGUGCAGUACUCUCGAUACUUACACAUGUCCAACACCAACUUCAUAAUUCCCCAAAAGGCCAACGAUAAGGCUGCUCUUGCAUUGUCAUCUUUCAUUCGUGCUCUCCACGAGUUAGACUAUUACGCUGUCGCCCGACUUGUGACGAAAGAGACCAGGCCUCCGAUGAUCGUGCUGUUAGCACCAUGCAUUGAGAAAGAGGAUGACGAAGUCUAUGAGAGUCUGAUCGAAGUUCAGCUGCCAUUCGCAGAAGAUGUGCGGUCCUACCGGUUCCCACCAUUAGACAAAGUGGUCACCGUGUCAGGAAAGAUCGUCACUGAACACCGCAACCUUCCGAGCGAUAGCUUGCAGGAGGCGAUGAGCAAUUACGUUGAUAGCAUGGAGCUGGAUCUCAAGGACGAUGACAACAAUCCAAUCGAUGGUCUGCCGAUCGAAGAGUCCUACUCUCCGUUGCUGCACCGUCUUGAAUCCGCGGUGCGCUGGCGUGCCGUCCAUCCCAAUGACCCCGUUCUUGAGCCUGCGGAGCGGUUGACCAGAUUCGCCCACCCCGACGAAGACAUCGUGAAGAAAUCACAGUCAUACCUGGACGCACUGAAAUCCGCAGCAGACGUCAAGAAAGUACCACCGAAAACCAAGGGCCGCAAACGUCAACGCGAAACUGAAAAGCCCCUCUCAGGCCUCGACGUCGACGCCCUCCUCAACUUGGAGCCGAAGCGCGCCAGGAUCUCGCCUGAAAAUGCCGUGCCAGAGUUCAAGCAGAUGUUGUCGCGCGCCGAAAGUGUGGAGACAAUCCACGACGCCGUCAAGCAGAUGGCCGUGAUCAUCGAGGCGCAGGUGAAGCACAGUCUUGGCGAUGCCAAUUACGAGCGUGUCGUUGAGAGCCUAGGGACAAUGCGGGAGGAACUGGUGGACUACGAGGAACCUGCGCUCUACAAUGACCUGGUGCGUCAGCUCAAGGAGAAGAUCUUGAACGAGGAGCUGGGUGGUGAUCGACUCGAGCUGUGGUGGCUUGUGAGGAAGAGUAAGCUCGGUCUCAUUGAUCAAAACGUAUCCGAGAGAUCUGAAGUCUCGGAGGAGGAGGCCAAAGAGGUGAGUUUGAAUCCUAUCUGGUCGGUGGCUAAGAACUCAUAG